AUGUUGGAAAGUGGACUAAGGAAGCAGGUUGGGGAUGGCACCACUAUUGCAAUCUUGAAGGAUGGUUGGCUCAAAACUAGCUCAGGUAAAAUCUCCACACCAAAGCCACACAACUGUCCAAUUGACAAAGUCUCAGAAUUGAUUCAUGACCAUAAGUGGAACUCGGGCAUCAUAAACUCCUUUUUCUCUCCUGAAGAGACCAAAAUAAUCACAACAAUCCCACUGAGCUUAUUUGGAGGGAAGGACAGGGACACUUGGUGCAGCAGUGCCAAUGGUGAAUACACUACCAAAACUGGAUAUGUAAAAGCCAAGGAAAAGAUCGAAAGGAACAACAACAGGUCUCUGCAACAGGAUAGCACCAGCAGGAAUAAGCAGAAUUCCAGAAUUUGGCAUCAAGUUUGGGACCUCAACACUAAGCACAAGAUUAAACACUUCCUGUGGAAAUGCCUACAUGACAUCCUUCCCACCCAUGAAAAUAUAUUCAGACGAAUAGGGAAAGGAGAACCUUGGUGCAGGGGCUGUGGAGAAAGUGCAGAAACAUUAGAACACCUCCUUUUCUUUUGCAGGACAACUGAGCAGAUCUGGAAAACCUUCCCUAUCAAAUGGGAUGGUCUAGAGCAUUUGAAAGGGAGCUUUUGGUUAUGGUGGGAGAGCCUGCAGCAAGCUAGAGAAAGGGCAGAUGGUAAAGCUCACAUUGAAAUGACAGCCAAUCUACUCUGGCAUAUCUGGAAGGCUAGAAAUAAUUGGAACUUUAACCUGUGCAACCAAGAAGGGUAUCAGAUCUCCCAAUAUGCCAUGGUGGAUUGGCUUGAGUUUAAAGAGGCAAACCUCCUAAACACAUGUGACAAGCAAGAAAUCAGUGCUGAGCUUGAUAGCAAUGACAACAUUGUUGCUGUACUCCAACAAUAG